CACAGUUCCUCAGCCAACUAUGCUGAGAGACCUCAGUACACACAAAACAGUGUUCCUGCCCCUCAGGAACUGAAAGCCAAAGAGCCAGGUUUUGCCUGCACGAUGUCCAGCAAAGCUGAGAAGCAGCAGCGACCGAGUGGCCGAGGAAGCUCCCGGGCAAGCCGGUCAGGGCGGGCCGCUCAGGCUGUUGUGGCCACAGAGGAGCAGGGGAACGCCCUGGCUGUCAGUGAGCCAGAGCCGCAGGCUGAGCUCCCCAAGGAGGAGCCUGAGCCGCGGUUGGAGGGACCUCAAGCACAGAGUGAAGAAUCAGUGGAGCCUGAGGCAGAUGUGAAGCCCCUCUUCCUUUCCCGAGCUGCGCUGACAGGACUGGCGGAUGCAGUGUGGACACAGGAGCAUGAUGCCAUUCUGGAACACUUUGCCCAGGACCCUACAGAAUCCAUCCUCACCAUCUUCAUUGACCCUUGUUUUGGGCUGAAGCUAGAUCUGGGCAUGCCUGUACAGGUUCGUACCCUACUUUCCCUGGUCAAAGCAAGAACUCAUCGCCUCUGUCCGCUUCCACAAACUUUCCUUUCCUUAGACACUCGGUACAAACUGGAGGGGCACACGGUCCUCUACAUCCCUGCAGAGGCCAUGAACAUGAAGCCUGAAGUGGUGGUAAAGGACAAAGAGCUGGUGCAGCGGCUAGAGACCUCCAUGAUCCACUGGACCCGGCAGAUAAAGGAGGUGCUCAGUGCCCAGGAGACCGUGGAGACAGGAGAAAAUUUAGGUCCUCUGGAGGAGAUUGAGUUCUGGCGCAACCGAUGCAUGGACCUGUCUGGCAUCAGUAAACAGCUGGUGAAGAAGGGAGUGAAGCAUGUUGAAUCCAUCCUGCACCUUGCCAAGUCGUCCUACUUGGCACCCUUUAUGAAGCUGGCACAGCAGAUCCAGGAUGGCUCGCGUCAAGCACAGUCAAACCUGACCUUUUUGUCAAUCCUGAAGGAACCUUACCAGGAGUUGGCUUUCAUGAAGCCCAAGGACAUCUCUAGCAAGCUCCCUAAGCUGAUCAGUCUCAUCCGCAUCAUCUGGGUUAACUCUCCCCACUACAACACUCGGGAGAGACUGACCUCACUAUUCCGAAAGGUAUGUGACUGUCAGUAUCACUUCGCCCGCUGGGAAGAUGGCAAGCAGGGUCCCCUUCCUUGCUUCUUCGGUGCCCAGGGGCCACAGAUAACACGGAAUUUGCUGGAGAUUGAGGACAUCUUUCAUAAAAACCUGCACAUGCUGCGAGCUGUUCGCGGGGGCAUCCUGGAUGUGAAGAACACCUCUUGGCAUGAAGACUACAAUAAGUUCCGGGCCGGAAUCAAGGACCUGGAGGUGAUGACCCAGAACCUGAUCACCUCGGCCUUCGAGUUGGUGCGGGACGUACAGCACGGCGUGCUCCUGCUGGACACCUUCCACAGGCUUGCUGCCCGCGAGGCUAUCAAGCGGACUUAUGACAAGAAGGCGGUGGAUCUCUACAUGCUGUUCAAUAGCGAGCUGGCCCUGGUGAACCGUGAACGGAACAAGAAGUGGCCAGACCUGGAGCCCUACAUGGCCCAGUAUUCCGGACAGGCGCGCUGGGUGCACAUCCUCCGGCGUCGCGUCGACAGAGUCAUGACCUGCCUUGCUGGUGCUCAUUUCCUGCCCCAUAUUGGGACUGGAGAGGAGAGUGUGCACACCUAUCAGCAGAUGGUCCAGGCCAUUGAUGAGCUGGUUCGAAAAACCUUCCAAGAGUGGACAUCAACACUGGACAAGGAUUGCAUUCGGCGAUUGGAUACCCCAUUGCUGCGAAUCAGCCAGGAGAAGGCGGGCAUGCUGGAUGUCAACUUUGACAAGUUCCUUCUGAUUCUCUUUGUGGAAAUUGACUACUGGGAGCGGCUGCUGUUUGAGACGCCCCAUUACGUGGUGAACGUAGCCGAGCGAGCCGAGGACCUGCGCAUUCUGCGUGAAAAUCUGCUACUUGUUGCUAGAGACUACAACAGGAUUAUUGCCAUGCUGUCCCCAGAUGAGCAGGCCCUUUUCAAAGAGCGUAUUCGGUUCCUGGAUAAGAAGAUCCACCCGGGACUCAAGAAACUGCACUGGGCCUUGAAGGGGGCCAGUGCCUUCUUCAUCACGGAGUGCCGUAUACAUGCCAGCAAGGUGCAGAUGAUUGUGAAUGAGUUCAAGGCAUCCACUCUGACCAUUGGCUGGCGAGCCCAAGAGAUGUCAGAGACGCUGCUGGUACGCAUUAGUGGCAAACGGGUAUACAGGGACCUGGAAUUUGAAGAGGACCAAAGAGAGCACCGGGCAGCUGUACAGCAGAAAUUGAUGAGCCUGCACCAGGAUGUGGUGACCAUCAUGGCCAACUCUUAUGAGGUCUUCAAGAAUGAUGGUCCUGAGAUUCAGCAGCAGUGGAUGCUGUACACGAUUCGGCUGGACCGCAUGAUGGAGGAUGCCCUGCGCCUGAAUGUGAAGUGGUCACUGCUAGAACUAUCCAAGGCUAUCAACGGGGAUGGAAAGACCAGCCCAAACCCACUCUUCCAAGUCCUUGUCAUUUUGAAGAAUGAUAUGCAAGGAGGUGUGGCACAGGUGGAAUUCUCACCCACUCUGCAGACUUUGGCAGGUGUGGUCAAUGACAUUGGCAACCACCUCUUUUCCACCAUCUCUGUCUUCCGCCACCUCCCUGACAUUCUCACCAAGCGCAAGUUACAUCGUGAACCCAUUCAGACAGUUGUAGAGCAAGAUGAGGACAUCAAGAAGAUCCAGACCCAAAUCAGCAGCGGCAUGACUAACAACGCGAGCCUGCUGCAGAACUACCUCAAGACCUGGGACAUGUACCGGGAGAUCUGGGAGAUCAACAAGGACUCUUUCAUUCGUCGCUACCAGCGCCUCAACCCACCUGUCUCUUCUUUUGAUGCCGACAUUGCCCGCUACACAGAAGUUGCUAAUAAUGUGCAGAAAGAGGAGACCGUCACCAACAUCCAGUUUGUGCUGCUGGACUGUUCGCACCUCAAGUUCUCCCUGGUGCAGCACUGCAAUGAGUGGCAGAACAAGUUCACGACUCUGCUGAGGGAGAUGGCUGCUGGGCGUCUCCUGGAGCUGCACACCUUCCUGAAGGACAAUGCAGAGAAAAUCAGCCGCCCUCCCCAGACGCUGGAGGAACUGGGGGUCAGCUUGCAGCUCAUGGAUACCCUGCAGCACGAUUUGGCCAACCUGGAGACUCAGAUCCCUCCCAUACACGAGCAAUUUGCCAUUCUUGAAAAGUACGAGGUGCCAGUCGAGGACAGUGUCUUGGAGAUGCUGGACAGUCUCAAUGGGGAAUGGGUUGUCUUCCAACAAACUCUGCUGGACAGUGAGCAAAUGCUGAAGAAAUACAAGGAGAAAUUCAAGACAGGCCUGAUCCACUCGGCAGAUGACUUCAAGAAGAAAGCACAUACGCUUCUGGAAGAUUUCGAAUUCAAAGGCCCUUUCACCAGCAACGUGGGACACAUAUCUGCCCUAGACCAGAUCGCACAAGUGCGGGCCAUGCUGAUGGCCAUGCGGGAAGAGGAAAACAGUCUCCGAGCCAACCUGGGCCUCUUCAAGAUCGAGCAGCCACCCUCUAAGGACCUUCAGAACCUGGAGAAGGAGCUCGAUGCCCUCCAGCAAGUCUGGGAGAUCACACGAGACUGGGAGGAGAACUGGAAUGAGUGGAAGACUGGCCGGUUCCUGACCCUGCAGACCGAAAGCAUGGAGACCAUGGCCCAUGGGCUGUUUCGUCGCCUCACAAGAUUAGCCAAAGAGUAUAAGGACCGAAACUGGGAAAUUAUUGAAACCACUCGCUCAAAAAUAGAGCAGUUCAAGAGGACCAUGCCUCUCAUCUCAGACCUACGGAACCCUGCCCUUAGAGAGAGGCACUGGGACCAGGUCAGGGAUGAGAUCCAGCGGGAGUUUGAUCAGGAAUCUGAAAGCUUCACCUUGGAGCAGAUUGUGGAGCUUGGGAUGGAUCAGCACGUGGAGAAAAUUGGGGAGAUCUCUGCUUCAGCAACUAAAGAGCUGGCUAUAGAAGUGGCUUUACAAAACAUUGCCAAGACCUGGGAUGUGACUCAGCUCGACAUAGUACCCUACAAGGAUAAAGGCCAUCAUCGGCUCAGAGGUACAGAAGAAAUAUUCCAGGCGCUGGAAGAUAACCAGGUAGCUCUGUCUACCAUGAAGGCAUCUCGCUUUGUCAAGGCCUUUGAGAAGGAUGUGGAUCACUGGGAACGCUGCCUCUCCCUCAUCUUGGAGGUUAUUGAGAUGAUUCUCACAGUGCAGCGUCAGUGGAUGUACUUAGAGAAUAUCUUCCUAGGAGAAGACAUCCGCAAGCAGCUGCCCAAUGAAUCGGCCUUAUUUGACCAGGUCAACAGUAACUGGAAAGCCAUCAUGGACAGGAUGAACAAGGACAACAAUGCUCUCCGGAGCACCCAUUACCCAGGCCUCCUGGACACAUUGACAGAAAUGAACACAAUCCUGGAAGAUAUUCAGAAGUCUCUGGAUAUGUAUUUAGAGACCAAGCGACAUAUUUUCCCCCGCUUCUACUUCUUGUCCAAUGAUGACCUACUGGAGAUUCUGGGCCAGUCCCGAAACCCAGAGGCUGUGCAGCCGCACCUCAAAAAAUGCUUUGACAACAUCAAGUUGCUGAGAAUCCAGAAGGUUGGAGGGUCCAGCAGCAAAUGGGAAGCUGUGGGAAUGUUCUCGGGCGACGGCGAGUACAUUGAUUUCCUCCACUCAGUACUUUUAGAAGGGCCUGUGGAGUCCUGGCUCGGCGAUGUGGAACGGACCAUGAGGGUGACCCUGCGGGACCUUCUCCGGAACUGCCGCCUGGCCCUCAAGAAGUUCCUCAACAAGAGGGACAAAUGGGUGAAGGAGUGGGCUGGCCAGAUGGUGAUCACUGCCAGUCAGAUCCAGUGGACGGCUGACGUCACCAAGUGCCUGCUGACAGCGAAGGAGCGGGGAGACAAGAAAAUCCUCAAGGUCAUGAAGAAGAAGCAGGUGUCAAUCCUGAAUAAGUAUUCAGAAGCUAUCAGGGGGAACUUGACCAAGAUCAUGCGGCUUAAAAUUGUGGCUCUGGUGACGAUAGAAAUUCAUGCCCGGGAUGUGUUGGAGAAGCUUUACAAGAGUGGCCUUAUGGAUGUCAAUUCCUUUGACUGGCUCAGCCAACUUCGGUUCUACUGGGAGAAGGAUCUUGAUGACUGUAUGAUCCGCCAGACCAACACGCAAUUUCAGUAUAGUUAUGAGUACCUGGGUAACUCGGGCCGGCUUGUCAUCACCCCCCUGACGGACAGGUGUUACAUGACACUGACCACGGCAUUGCACCUGCACCGAGGGGGCUCCCCAAAAGGCCCCGCAGGCACGGGCAAGACCGAGACCGUCAAAGACCUGGGCAAGGCCCUGGGCAUAUAUGUCAUUGUGGUCAACUGCUCUGAGGGCCUGGACUACAAGUCCAUGGGCCGAAUGUACUCAGGUCUGGCUCAGACCGGAGCCUGGGGUUGCUUUGAUGAGUUUAACCGCAUCAACAUCGAGGUGCUGUCAGUGGUGGCCCAGCAGAUCCUGUCCAUCCUAUCUGCCCUGGCUGCCGGCCUCACCCGUUUCCAUUUUGACGGCUUUGAAAUAAAUCUGGUGUGGUCCUGUGGGAUCUUCAUUACCAUGAAUCCUGGCUAUGCUGGCCGCACAGAGCUUCCUGAAAAUCUUAAAUCCAUGUUCCGCCCAAUUGCCAUGGUGGUGCCUGACUCCACCCUCAUUGCAGAAAUCAUUCUCUUUGGAGAGGGCUUUGGCAACUGCAAGAUUCUGGCCAAGAAGGUGUACACACUCUACUCAUUGGCUGUGCAGCAGCUCUCCAGACAGGACCACUAUGACUUUGGCCUGCGUGCCCUCACCUCCCUUCUGCGCUAUGCUGGCAAGAAGCGCCGCCUACAGCCGGAUCUGACUGAUGAAGAGGUUCUGCUGCUCUCAAUGAGAGACAUGAACAUCGCCAAGCUCACUUCAGUUGAUGCACCCCUGUUCAAUGCCAUCGUGCAAGAUCUGUUUCCCAACAUUGAGCUGCCUGUCAUUGACUAUGGCAAGCUGCGGGAGACCGUUGAGCAGGAGAUUCGAGACAUGGGCCUGCAAAGCACGCCGUUCACCCUCACCAAGGUUUUCCAGUUGUAUGAAACCAAGAACUCCCGCCACUCCACCAUGAUUGUGGGCUGCACGGGCAGUGGCAAGACGGCCUCAUGGCGCAUCCUGCAGGCCUCCCUGUCCUCUCUGUGCCGCGCUGGAGACCCUAACUUCAACAUUGUUAGAGAGUUCCCUUUGAACCCCAAGGCAUUGUCUCUAGGGGAACUGUACGGGGAAUAUGACCUCAGCAGCAAUGAAUGGACAGAUGGCAUCUUGUCCAGUGUCAUGCGGACAGCAUGUGCAGAUGAGAAACCUGAUGAGAAGUGGAUCCUGUUCGACGGCCCCGUGGACACGCUGUGGAUCGAGAGCAUGAACUCCGUCAUGGAUGAUAACAAGGUGUUGACCCUCAUCAACGGCGAGCGCAUUGCGAUGCCUGAGCAGGCAGGUUAUUUCCUCUUCUCAUCCUCCAUCCAGGUGAACUCAGCUGACGGCGAGAACUGUGUCACCAUGGUAGAGAUGAUAUUUGUGUUCAGCAUGAUCUGGUCUGUGUGUGCCUCUGUGGAUGAAGAGGGCCGCAAGAAGAUUGACAGCUACCUCCGAGAGAUCGAGGGCUCCUUUCCCAAUAAGGACACGGUAUAUGAGUAUUUUGUGGACCCCAAAAUGCGGAGUUGGACGUCAUUUGAGGACAAGCUCCCUAAGAGUUGGCGCUACCCUCCAAACGCCCCCUUCUAUAAGAUCAUGGUGCCCACCGUCGACACUGUGCGCUACAACUACCUGGUGAGCACCUUGGUGGCCAACCAGAAUCCCGUUCUGCUGGUGGGUCCCGUGGGGACUGGGAAGACCUCCAUCGCCCAGAGCGUUCUGCAGUCCCUGCCCUCCAGCCAGUGGUCGGUGCUCGUUGUCAACAUGUCCGCACAGACCACAUCCAAUAAUGUGCAGAGCAUCAUUGAGAGCAGAGUUGAGAAGCGAACCAAGGGUGUCUACGUGCCAUUCGGGGGCAAAAGCAUGAUCACCUUUAUGGAUGACCUAAAUAUGCCCGCUAAGGACAUGUUUGGGUCCCAGCCACCUCUGGAGCUGAUCCGCCUCUGGAUUGACUAUGGCUUUUGGUAUGACCGUUCGAAGCAGACCAUCAAGUACAUUCGAGAAAUGUUCCUGAUGGCUGCCAUGGGCCCCCCUGGGGGUGGACGGACCGUCAUCUCCCCAAGGCUACAGAGUCGCUUCAACAUUAUCAACAUGACCUUCCCCACAGUGAGGACCUCAUGGGGACUGCAGGACGAGGGGAGGGUAGGAGGUGAAAUUCCGUCCUCUUCCCAGGUGUUCCAGGGCAUGCUUAGAGCCAACAAGGACUUCCAUGAUACCAAGUCCAGCAUCACACGGCUCUGGAUCCAUGAAUGUUUCAGAGUCUUCUCUGACCGGCUGGUGGAUGCGGCAGACACAGAAGCCUUCAUGGGCAUCAUAAACGACAAGCUCGGCUCCUUCUUUGACCUCACGUUUCAUCAUCUGUGUCCCAGCAAGCGUCCUCCUAUCUUUGGGGAUUUCCUGAAGGAGCCCAAGGUGUACGAAGACCUCACAGAUCUGACAGUGCUGAAGACAGUCAUGGAGACGGCUCUGAAUGAGUAUAACCUGUCACCCUCUGUGGUGCCCAUGCAGCUGGUGCUCUUCCGAGAGGCUAUUGAGCACAUCACACGGAUCGUGCGGGUCAUUGGACAGCCUCGGGGCAACAUGCUCCUCGUGGGCAUUGGGGGCAGUGGACGCCAGAGUCUGGCCCGCCUGGCUUCAUCCAUCUGCGACUACACCACCUUCCAGAUCGAGGUCACCAAACAUUAUCGGAAGCAGGAGUUCCGAGAUGAUAUCAAGCGUCUGUAUCAUCAGGCUGGGGUGGAGCUCAAGACCACGUCCUUCCUUUUUGUGGACACCCAAAUAGCUGAUGAGUCCUUCCUAGAGGACAUCAACAACAUCCUCAGCUCAGGCGAGGUGCCCAAUCUCUACAAGCCUGAUGAAUUUGAAGAGAUCCAGUCGCACAUCAUAGAUCAGGCCCGGGCAGAGCAGGUGCCUGAGUCAUCGGACAGCCUCUUCGCCUACCUUAUCGAACGCGUGCGGAACAACCUGCACAUCGUGCUUUGCCUCAGCCCCGUGGGGGAUCCCUUCAGGAACUGGAUCCGCCAGUACCCAGCCUUGGUGAACUGCACAACCAUCAACUGGUUCUCAGAGUGGCCCCAAGAGGCCCUGCUCGAGGUGGCUGAGAAGUACCUCGUAGGAGUAGACCUGGGAACUCAGGAGAAUAUCCACAGGAAGGUGGCCCAGAUCUUUGUCACUAUGCACUGGUCAGUAGCUCAGUAUUCCCAGAAGAUGCUGUUGGAACUGCGGAGAUACAACUACGUCACACCCACCAACUACCUGGAACUCGUGUCUGGAUAUAAAAAGUUGCUGGGAGAAAAACGGCAGGAGCUGCAGGACCAAGCCAAUAAGCUGCGGACAGGCUUGUUCAAGAUCGAUGAAACUAGGGAAAAGGUACAAGUGAUGUCGUUGGAGCUGGAAGAUGCCAAGAAGAAGGUGGCCGAGUUCCAGAAGCAGUGUGAGGAGUACCUGGUCAUCAUUGUGCAGCAGAAGCGGGAGGCGGACGAGCAGCAGAAGGCCGUAACAGCCAACAGUGAAAAGAUUGCAGUUGAGGAAAUCAAGUGUCAGGCACUGGCUGACAAUGCCCAGAAAGAUCUAGAAGAGGCCCUGCCUGCCCUGGAAGAGGCCAUGCGGGCCUUGGAGUCUCUGAACAAGAAGGAUAUAGGAGAGAUCAAGUCUUAUGGACGGCCCCCAGCCCAAGUGGAGAUAGUGAUGCAGGCAGUUAUGAUUCUUCGAGGCAACGAGCCCACGUGGGCAGAGGCCAAGAGGCAGCUAGGGGAACAGAACUUCAUCAAGUCACUGAUCAACUUUGAUAAAGACAAUAUCUCAGAUAAGGUUCUGAAGAAGAUCGGGGCCUACUGUGCCCAGCCUGACUUCCAGCCUGAUAUCAUCGGCCGUGUCUCCCUGGCUGCCAAGUCCCUCUGCAUGUGGGUGCGGGCCAUGGAGCUGUACGGGCGGCUGUAUCGGGUGGUGGAGCCCAAGCGCAUCCGGAUGAACGCUGCCUUGGCUCAGCUUCGGGAGAAGCAAGCAGCGCUUGCUGAGGCCCAGGAGAAGCUGCGGGAGGUAGCUGAGAAACUGGAGAUGUUGAAGAAACAGUACGACGAGAAGCUGGCACAGAAGGAGGAGCUUCGCAAGAAGUCUGAAGAGAUGGAGCUGAAGCUGGAGCGAGCCGGGAUGCUGGUGUCGGGGUUGGCAGGCGAGAAGGCCAGAUGGGAGGAGACAGUCCAGGGCCUGGAGGAGGACCUGGGCUACCUGGUCGGGGACUGUCUCCUGGCAGCUGCCUUCCUGUCCUACAUGGGACCUUUCCUGACCAACUACCGGGAUGAGAUUGUCAACCAAAUCUGGAUCCGGAAGAUCUGGGAGCUUCAGGUUCCUUGCUCCCCUUCCUUCGCCAUUGAUAACUUCCUGUCCAAUCCUACCAAAGUCCGGGACUGGAACAUCCAAGGGUUGCCCUCAGAUGCCUUCUCCACGGAGAACGGCAUCAUCGUCACCCGAGGCAACAGGUGGGCACUGAUGAUCGACCCUCAGGCCCAGGCCCUGAAAUGGAUUAAGAACAUGGAAGGAGGCCAGGGCCUGAAGAUCAUUGACCUGCAGAUGAGCGAUUACCUGCGAAUCCUAGAAAACGCCAUUCAGUUUGGAUACCCUGUGCUACUUCAGAAUGUGCAGGAAUAUCUGGACCCCACACUCAACCCCGUGCUCAACAAAUCUGUAGCCCGAAUCGGUGGUCGGCUGUUGAUGCGCAUUGGCGAUAAGGAGGUGGAAUACAAUACCAGUUUCCGUUUCUACAUCACCACCAAGCUCUCCAACCCCCACUACAGCCCAGAGACCUCAGCCAAGACCACCGUCGUUAACUUUGCCGUUAAAGAACAGGGCCUGGAGGCCCAGCUGCUGGGCAUCGUGGUGAGGAAGGAGCGGCCUGAGCUGGAGGAGCAGAAGGACUCACUGGUCAUCAACAUCGCGGCUGGCAAGAGGAAGCUCAAGGAGCUGGAGGAUGAGAUCCUGCGGCUGCUGAAUGAGGCCACCGGCUCCCUGCUGGAUGACGUGCAGCUGGUGAACACGCUGCAGACCUCCAAGAUCACGGCCACAGAGGUGACUGAGCAGCUGGAGACCAGUGAGACCACAGAGAUCAACAUUGACUUGGCCCGGGAGGCUUACCGCCCGUGUGCCCAGCGGGCAUCAAUCCUGUUCUUCGUGCUCAAUGAUAUGGGCUGCAUCGACCCCAUGUACCAGUUCUCACUGGAUGCCUACAUCAGCCUCUUCAUCCUCAGCAUCGACAAGAGCCACCGCAGCAAUAAGCUGGAGGACCGCAUUGACUAUCUGAACGACUACCACACCUACGCUGUCUACAGGUACACCUGCCGUACCCUUUUUGAACGCCACAAACUACUAUUCAGUUUUCAUAUGUGUGCCAAAAUAUUGGAGACUUCUGGCAAGCUCAACAUGGAUGAAUACAACUUCUUUCUACGUGGGGGUGUGGUCCUGGAUCGGGAGGGCCAAAUGGACAACCCAUGUACUAGCUGGCUUGCAGACGCCUACUGGGAUAACAUUACGGAGCUGGACAAACUGACCAACUUCCACGGACUCAUGAACUCCUUUGAGCAGUACCCUCGCGACUGGCACCUGUGGUAUACCAAUGCUGCCCCGGAGAAGGCAAUGCUGCCAGGUGAGUGGGAAAAUGCCUGCAACGAAAUGCAACGGAUGCUGAUCGUCCGCUCCCUGCGCCAGGACCGCGUGGCCUUCUGCGUGACCUCCUUCAUCGUCACCAACCUUGGUUCCCGCUUCAUCGAGCCGCCUGUGCUGAAUAUGAAGUUGGUGAUGGAGGAUUCAACCCCACGAUCCCCACUCGUGUUCAUCCUGUCCCCUGGUGUGGACCCCACCAGUGCCCUGCUCCAGCUGGCAGAGCACACAGGCAUGGCCCAGCGCUUCCACGCCCUGUCCCUGGGCCAGGGCCAGGCCCCUAUCGCUGCCCGACUCCUCCGAGAGGGUGUUACUCAGGGACAUUGGGUGUUCCUGGCAAACUGCCACCUGUCACUGUCUUGGAUGCCUAAUCUGGACAAGCUGGUGGAGCAGCUGCAGGUGGAGGACCCUCAUCCAUCCUUCCGCCUGUGGCUCAGCUCCAGCCCCCACCCAGACUUCCCUAUCUCAAUCUUGCAGGCCAGCAUCAAGAUGACCACAGAGCCACCAAAGGGCCUAAAGGCCAACAUGACACGUCUUUACCAACUAAUGUCAGAACCACAGUUUUCCCGCUGCUCCAAACCUGCCAAAUACAAGAAGCUGCUGUUUUCACUCUGUUUCUUCCACUCUGUAUUACUUGAACGCAAAAAGUUCCUGCAGCUUGGCUGGAACAUAAUCUAUGGCUUCAAUGACUCUGACUUUGAGGUGUCAGAGAACUUGCUGAGCCUCUAUCUGGAUGAGUACGAGGAGACACCUUGGGAUGCACUUAAGUACCUCAUUGCCGGCGUCAACUAUGGUGGACAUGUCACAGAUGACUGGGACCGGCGCCUGCUGACCACCUACAUCAAUGAUUACUUCUGCGACCAGUCUCUAUCAAUUCCCUUCUACCGGUUGUCAGCACUGGAGACUUAUUUCAUCCCCAAGGAUGGGAGCCUGGCUUCUUACAAGGAAUACAUCAGUUUAUUGCCUGGCAUGGACCCCCCUGAGGCCUUUGGCCAGCACCCCAAUGCUGAUGUGGCCUCUCAGAUCACUGAGGCACGAACCCUCUUUGAUACUUUGCUUUCCUUGCAACCUCAGAUUACACCCACCAGGGCUGGAGGCCAGACCCGGGAAGAGAAGGUCCUUGAGUUGGCCGCUGAUGUGAAGCAGAAGAUCCCUGAAAUGAUCGACUAUGAGGGGACCCAAAAACUGCUAGCUCUCGACCCCUCCCCUCUCAAUGUGGUCCUUCUGCAGGAGAUCCAGAGAUAUAACACACUGAUGCAGACCAUCCUGUUCUCACUGACAGACCUAGAGAAAGGCAUCCAGGGGCUCAUCGUCAUGUCUACAAGCCUGGAAGAGAUUUUCAAUUGCAUCUUUGAUGCUCACGUUCCUCCACUCUGGGGAAAGGCAUACCCCUCACAAAAGCCAUUGGCUGCUUGGACCCGGGACUUGGCCAUGCGUGUGGAGCAGUUUGAGCUGUGGGCCAGCCGGGCCCGGCCUCCUGUGAUCUUCUGGUUGUCUGGUUUCACCUUUCCCACUGGCUUCCUCACUGCUGUGCUGCAGUCUUCAGCUCGCCAAAACAAUGUUUCAGUGGACAGCCUCUCCUGGGAGUUCAUCGUUUCCACUGUGGAUGACAGCAACCUAGUGUAUCCCCCUAAGGAUGGUGUCUGGGUCCGGGGCCUGUACCUGGAAGGUGCUGGCUGGGACCGGAAGAACUCCUGCUUGGUGGAGGCAGAGCCCAUGCAGCUUGUCUGCCUCAUGCCCACGAUCCACUUCCGGCCUGCAGAGAGCCGCAAGAAGAGCGCCAAGGGCAUGUACUCCUGCCCCUGCUAUUACUAUCCCAACCGGGCAGGCAGCUCAGACCGAGCCUCCUUUGUCAUCGGCAUUGACCUGCGGUCUGGGGCCAUGACAUCUGAUCAUUGGAUCAAGAGGGGUACUGCUCUACUCAUGAGCCUGGACAGCUGAGACCUCCUCCCCUUCUCCGCUUGAGAGAGGGUGGGGGACUCCAGGAGCUCAGACAGAUGUUGCACCUAGGACUGAGGCGGGACCUCACUCAGACUUUGACCUUGGCCGAAUUUGUGUGAUGUGGCCCUGGAAAUACCUAGCCGUGUUAGCCAUAAAAGUGAAAGUUGUAUUGAA